AUGUCAACAUCAAAAGUCAAACACAUCUGCGCAAAGCUAACAGAUAUCCAAAAGGCUGCCUGCCGCACAAAAUUAGUCAAGCUCACCGAUGCCAUCACAACAGCGCAAGAUACGUACCAAGAGGAGGCCAGUGCUAUUGCCAAAGAUAAUGGCCUAAGCUUGAGGUGGACGCGAAGGCAGCUCUAUACUGGCAAAGGUGUCUUCAACAGACGCUGUGCUAAUCCUUGGAAUGCAUUUGUCAGACAAAAACUGAAUGAGGAGAACGAAGGACAUGUGCCGGAGGAUCAAUUGAAGCUUCCUGCAUUUAUCAAGGCCCACAGUUCAAAACUAACAUCGGCCUAUUUGUGCUUGACGUUGGUCGACAAGAACCACCUGCAGGAGAACAUCAACACAUAUCACCAGUCACGCGUGAAGGUUACACGUGCGAACCCUAAGGCACUACAAAAAGAUGUCAAUGCGACAUUCAAAACAAUGAAGACAGAGUGGGCUAGCAUCCAAGCACGAACGGGCCUUGAGGGAAUGUAUCUUGCUGUUCAAGGUGAUGUCGAGCAGUACCACAAACUGAAGCUCUUUUACACAGCAAAAGUCGGGUCGUUCAUCAAAGAUGUUCUUGGCAUGGAGCCAAAGCGCUUUGCACUCAAAGUCAAGUCCUGGGUAGUUGGAGAUUUUGAUAGUGCUGGCACAGUCAGCCAACGACUGUCAUUGACAAAACUUGUGAGCCUAUGCUGCCAACACAUCCAGGACGGACUUGAUAUUAUUAUUCCUACUUUGAGGUAUCCACUGAAAAAGAAGGUCAAAAUGAAUUACAACAAUUAUGAAGGCAAGAUUGUAGAAACUUACGGCAUUGCACUGGAAAAUUUUCCUGGGACUAUUUGA